CCCAGAGAAAGCACAGGCAGGCAGGAGCUGUGCAGUUCGUAGAAGAGCAAGUUGGAAUACACUGUUUGCAGGAACAAGGCGAGACUUUGCAGGGGACACCAGGUCCUGGACAGCGGUAAAAGUGAUUUGAUACCUGAGCUAUGUCGGCUCCUCCCCCUCCACCCCCACCUGCACCACCGCCACCAUUUCGUGGCCCACCUGCACCAACCCAGGGUAGAUCAGCUCCUGUAAAACCAAAACAAGAAUUAUCAGGCCGUUCAGCUUUGCUUUCUGACAUUGAAAAAGGGGCACGUUUGAAAAAAGUAGCACAGACCAAUGAUCGAAGUGCGCCUCAAAUUCAAAAUGCUAAGAAAAACUCAGAAAAUGUCAAAGGUUCAGGGUUACCUACCCCAGGAGGGUUAUUUGCCCGAGGAUUUCCUGCUCUUAAACCAAUGGGCCAAAGAGAUACUCCAGGAACUAAAAUUGCUGUCCAGGCUUCAGGACCAAGAGCAAGUUCUCCAAAACCGCAAGAACUAAAAAGCAAUAAUAGAAAAUAUUCUGAAAGUUCCUGUGCUCCCGAUCCACCUAAACCAGCAAAUAAUUAUUUGUCAUCCACCUGUGCAUUGAGAACUCCCCCACCAAGACCAAACAUUCUUGGUACUUCAUAUCGUCCACCACCUCCAGUUCCACCAACUGGCAGUAAACCUCAACUGCAUAUGCAGCCAUCUUCAGCUGGGCCACCAUUUAAAGAAAGGUCAGCAAAAAAUGCAUUGCCAAAUCCUCCACCAAUACCACCUCCACUUCCUCAAGAGGAGAAACCAUCAAGGAAUCAAGAUACUUCUCAUACUUUGAAUCCAGCACCAUCUGCACUUCUUCUUCAUCCUGGAUUUCAUGGAAGAAAAUCAGAAUUCUUAAACCCUUCUCCUCCACCAAAUGAAGAUAUGGUAUAUGCCAACGAUCUUCCUCCUCCUCCUUUUGUAAAUCAUGAAGAUCAAGAAAGUGCAUUUGAGCAAUAUGACGAAUACCCUUUAAAAAAUAAUAUUUUGCCUCCUCCUCCCCCACCUCUUCCAUCUAUGUCGUUAUUUGAUAAACGAAGAUUAUCUGAGCCAUUUCCACCACCUCCAAAUUAUAUUUUGGAACAGAGCAGAACACAUCCAUCAAAACCUCAACCAUCCCCUCCUCCUAUACCUGGAAGAUUAAGGAGAAAUGCAGUGCCUCCUCCUGCUCCUCCUCCAAGGUCACCGAAUACAGAACUGUCCAACAACCAGAGACGUAAUUCAUCACCCCAAACCAUCCCUCUUCCUCAUCACGGAUUCAAGGGCCAACAUCAGAGAGACCCCCCACAGGAAGGGAAUCGGAAACCAAAAAGAGAUGAUUUUGAAUCUAAAUUUUCCUUUCAUACAUUGGAAGAUGUACCACCCCCAGAGAUAUUUGUGUUUAUAGAACGCAUUUACCCUAGCAGGUUGUGUGGAAGACGCCAAGAACCACCAUCUCCACCACCGCCACCUCCACCAAUGAGACACCAGAGAUGAGAAUAGUGUAUCUGCAAUGACCAAUGAACAAAAAGGGGAUAUAUUUGUAAAAAAAAAAAAAAAAAAAUCUGUCAUAAUAUGAUUUCCUCUAGUACUUGUUCCUAUUAUACUAGGAAUAUGUUCUAUUCUAAAUUAAUAUUAUAUUCUAAUCUAAAGCAAUAGAGAACCCAACUGUAAUAUACUUAUGUAUGGACCUUACCAUAUAUUUGGUAUAUGAACGUUUUAAUUCAAAUGAUUAAUGAAGGGAUUCUUCAAAAACAGCAAUGCUAAUGCUGAUGUGUAUAACAUUACCGUGUUGCAUGUUUUUUUUAUGUACCAUGUGACUAUACAUUUUUAGAUGAAGGGUAUUUCUUGACUUUAUAAAUGCCUCAGAAUAUUCAUGUAGAGGCCUAAGACAGGCUUCUGCAAAAGAUUAGUGGCUGCUGAAUAUGUUGUUUGCCAUCCUGUAUACUGGAAAACAUUUAAAAUAUGGUCUCCUACUAUGGUCUAACACAAAUUAUUCCUGAAUGUGAAAAGAUAACCAAGAGUUUUCCUCACAUUUUAACAAGUUUAUCUUUUAUUUACUUGGAAGUUACACCGGAAACUGCCAAAUGAAAUGCUGCUUGUAGACAAGGGGUUUAAUAACAAAGCACUUAAACGUUUUAAAAAUACUAUUUUAGUGAUAUUUUCAUCUUUAAGUUUUGUUUGUUGAAAAAUAGAAAUGUGUAAAUAUAAAUCUAGUUUUUGUGCUGUGUAGUUGUUUCUAGGCCCACCAUUAGAGCUUUCAGGGUUGUUCUUAUGAGACAAUUUGCAGUCUGUUCAUAAGGAUGAGUUGUUCACAAAUAAAUAGGGUUUGCAACAAUAUAUUUAAGAAUAUUUGAAAGCACUCCUGUCAUAUAGUGCUUCCGACAUUUGCACACUACUUACCAAGAAAACAAAAAAGAAAGUACAUUUCAUCGUAAUUGUACAUUUGAAAGUUGUUUAAAAUUGCACACCAUAAAGGUUCAAAUUUUAAAGGGACAUAAUACCCAAAUGUUGAAGCACUUGAAAGUGAUGCAGUAUAGCUGUAAAAAGCUGACUAGAAAAUAUCACCUGCACAUCUCUAUGUAAAAAAGAAAGAUAUUUUACCUCAAAAAGUAUUCACACUUCACUGUAAAGAGCCCUUAAGCAGCCAAUCAUAAUGCUACUACCAGGACUUGCAAGGGAGUGUGCAUUUGGCAUGUGCAGGCACAGUCAUGUUGCUUUUCUAUUCAGUUUAAUCCUUUCCUGCCGUUGCCGUCCUAACUACGCUGGACUUUAGCGUUUGGCUGUCCUGAAGCCAUACCCGCUUCCUAAAUGGGAUCGCGGGCUGGAGGGUGUGCCUAGCAUCAUAGGCUUCCCUCGACCCGAUCUCAUCAUUGAAAUCAUGCAAUCGCAUGAGCGAUCAGGUGAUUUAAAUUUUUACUUAUUUGUUUACAUCAGAACUUUGUCCUGGCAGGAAGGGGUUAAGGAACCUUUUUUUUUCAACUUGCUGCUGGACAACACCUUAAGUAUAACUGUUCACAGAGCACUUACUCUGGUGAGCUGAAGAAAUUAUGAGGUAAAAUAUCAUCCCUUUUAUCUAUUGAUAAGCCAUGAUUUGGCAGCCUGAAUAUCAGUUUAUUCAUAGAAUCCAUGUUUCCAGUAGACAUAAAUAUGUGCGUCUCCAGCUAUACAGAAUUGGUUCACACAUUGGAAUAGCAAUGCUAGUCCAGUAAUUCAAUGCAAAAUCAGUACCAUACCUUUUUAUUGGGCUGUCCUCUAGGAUAAUGUUUUGUAAGAAAAGGGCACUAACAAUAUGGGUCAGUUUUAUGGAAUAUACAAAUCAUAACUUAUAAUAGAGGGGUUAACAUAAAAUCAUACAUGAGGUGAUCCAGUUAAUUCAGUAGAACGACAUGAAGAGCAAUAAAUAGUGUAGAAUGAAGUAAUAUUUGGAAAGAUCAAUCAAAGAGAGUAUAUAACAUUUGUCUGUUAAAAGAAAAAAACAAUACAGUAAAACCAUAUUUAACACAAACAAAAUAAAUAUGCUGGUGCCUAAUAUAUGCAUAUAUAUUUAUAUAUAUAUAUAUAUACAGGUAGCCCUCAGUUUACGCUGGGGUUAGGUUCCAGAAGGAAUGGUUGUAAAUCAAAACUGUUGUAAAUUGAAACCCAGUUUAUAAUGUAAGUCAAUGGGAAGUGAGGGAGUUAGGUUCCAGGUCCCUCUCAAAAUUGUCAUAAGUAACACCAAAUACAUUAUUUUUACAGCUUUGAAAUGAAGACUUUAAAUGCUAAACAGCAUUAUAAACCUAAUAAAAUAAUCACACAACACAGAAUAUAUAAUUAAGCUAAGUUAAAUGAACAAAAACAUUUGCUAAACAGCAUUAUAAACCUAAUAAAACAAUCACACAACACAGACUUCACUUGAAUUUUUCUGCAAACAGUUCUGUCUAUGCAUUCCAAUCUGGACUGAUUUAUAGACAGGAAGAUCUUGUUCCUUUGAAAUCUGCUCGAUAGCUCAGGUCUGGUUAAACCUACUGGCUAUUUUAAUAAAUGCACUGCUUCUCAAUGCUUUUCAAUAGCAGUCACAUGACUGGAAAAAAAAGGUUGUUAUUCUGAAACGGUGUAAAUUGAACCGUUGUAAAACGAGGGCCACCUGUAUAGGCUUUACUUUCCUGCUUUUAAAAUAAAGAUAACAAGAGAACGAAGAAAAAUUGUUAAUAGUAGUAAAUUAGAAAGUUGCUUACAAUUGUAUGCUCUAUUUGAAUCAUGAAAGGAACAUUUUUUGUUUAGUAUCCCUUUAAAUAAGACUGCGUUCCAUAUAUAGAAAAGGUGCUUAACACAAUGAAGUCCAGGCACUUCUUUACAAACUGGACAUUGGGAGAUUAGUAUUAUGUUGUUAUGGGCAUAUUGACUAGGAUAUAAUUAUUUGCCCUUCACUCUAAAUUAAAGGGUCAUGAAACUCAAAAUGUUUCUUUCAUGAUUCAGAUGGAUCAUGCCAUUUUAAUCAACUUUUUCAAUUUACUUCUAUUAUCUAAUUUAAUUAAUUCUCCAUGUUGAAGGAGCAGUAAUGCACUACUGGGAGCUAGCUGAAAGCCAAUGACAAGAGGCAUAUAUAUGCAGCCACCAAUCAGCAUCUUCUGACCCUACCUAGGUAUUUUUUUUCUUCAACAAAGGAAAUAAAUUGAAGGAAACGAAUAAGAGAAAUAAAUUUGAAAGUUGUUUAAAAUGGUAUGUUCUAUCUGAUUCAUGAAGGAAACAUUUUGAGUUUCAUGUCCCUUUAAGAAAGAACCAUUCCAUACUACUGUAGCAAAAUAGAUGUUCGAUAAUCCUCUUGUGGAAAUCCCUGUUCUUAUGAUUGCAGUGUUUAUUUAAGUACAAAUGGGCAUGGGCCAGUUGCAUAGUAAGUGCUAUGUAUAUGCCAACGUUUGGUAUAAUUGGUGAUGGCACAUAUUUUGGAAGAAAAUGUUUUGUUUUGUUUUUUAACUAGCAGGUUUAUGAAUUGUCACAAGAAAAUCAAAUUAUUAUUUUUUUUAUAUCUCGUCUCAGAGUGACACCUCAAAGGUACACACUUUCCCCCUAUUCUUAAAGUUGUCUGAAAUCUUGGGUCUGUCCUGUUUUGUUGGCUAAAAAAAACAUUUUACAACAAAAAGAUGCAUUUUUCUUGAUAUAUUAGAUCACUUUUAACAUAAAAACAAAUAUUUUAUGUCCAAUUAAGCGCUAAUUCUUCCUUCCAAAGCUUAUGCGUGUAUUUACUAUAAUAAGAAACCUGCCCUAACAUUGUAUCUUUCCAAGACCACAAAAAGGGUAAACUAAAUAACUGCCCCUCCAAUUCCAUUUUUUAUUAUAUGCAGCUGAUUAAUUGGUGAAUCUGGAAAGGCUGUUCUUUGACUAUACACAAAAACACAAGUUUAUCUGCGCUCACUGAGCACAGACUAGCAAGUAGGGAUGGGCGAAUGUGUUUAUAUUCAAAUUCGAAUGUUAGAACGAAUGUUAUUGUAGAAAUUCGAUUUACAUAAUAGAAUGUUGAUAAGAACGAAUAUUCUUAAAAAUUAAAUUUUCGAAUGUUAUUUACGGUUUUUGAAUGUCACAUUCGAAUUCGAAUGUCACAUUCGAAUUCUAAUGUCACUUUCGAAUUCGAAUAUUACAUUUAUAAAACACAAUUGUAGACUAGAAACACUAUUUCAAAUUUGAAUGUCAAAUUCGAAUCGAAUAUCACAUUCGAAUCAAUAUCACAUUCGAAUAUUACAUUUAUAAAACACAGUAUUAGACUAGAAAUACUAUUUCAAAUUCGAAUGUCACAUUCGAAUUUGAAUAUUACAUUUCAAAAUUGAAUGAAUACAUAACUGAACAUUCUAUUAUUCGAACGAAUAUUUUCGAAUUUUAUUGAAAAAUUCGAAAAUGAAAAUUUGAAAAUAGAAUGUUAUAUAAACAUUCGAAAUUCAUUUUGAACGAAUGAAUGUAUCAAAAUUCAUUUUAAAUUUCGAAUUUUUAGAAACAUUCGCCCAUCCCUACUACCAAGAUAAAGUAUUUUUUUGUUUAAGUAAAUAGAGGUAGGGUAUAAGUGAACAUAGAUUUCAAAUCACACUUGUUAUAGUAAAGUAAAGAGGAAUAAACACAAAUGAACUAACAUCCAGCUGGUUUAAAUUGAUACUAAACAUAGAAACAUAGAUAUUGACGGCAGAUAAGAGCCAUAGGCCCAGCAAGUCUGCCCGACCUUACCUAACAGUAUAAACUUAUCUAGUUCGUAGGAUAGCCUUAUGCUUGUCCCAUGCAUUUUUAAAGUCCCCCACAGUGUUUGUUGCUACUUCCUCUUGAGGGAGUUUAUUCCAUAAAUCAAUCACUCUUUCUGUAAAGAAGUGCUUCCUCAAAUUACUCCUGAAUCUACUACCCUUUAGCUUGAGAUCAUGACCCCUUGUUCUUGAAUUUUCCAUUUUAUGUAAAAUACCCACAGCCUCAGUUUUACUAAACCCUUUAAUGUACUUGAAAGUUGCUAUCAUAUCACCUCUUUCCCUUCUCUCCUCUAAGCUAUACAUAUUUAGGUCAUUGAGCCUAUCCUGGUAAGUUUUAUUUUUUAGACCAUGUACCAUUUUGGUAGCCUUCCUUUGCACAGAUUCAAGUUUGUUAAUAUCCUUCUGAAGAUAUGGGCCUCUAUUUAUCAAAGUCUGGCGGACCUGAUCCGACAGUGCGGAUCAGGUCCGCCAGACCUCACUGAAUACGGAGAGCAAUUCGCUCUCCGUAUUCAGCAUUGCACCAGCAGAUCGGGUUGAAUUGCGGCGAUGUCUGUCCGCCUGCUCAGAGCAGGCGGACAUGUUAUGGAGCAGCAGUCUUUAGACCGCUGCUUCAUAACUGGUGUUUCUGGCGAGACUGCAGGCUCACCAGAAACACGGGGCCUCAAGCUCUAUCCGGAGCUUGAUAGAUAGGCCCCAUGGCCUCCAGAACUGCACACAAUACUCAAGAUGAGGCCUAACUAAUGAUCUAUAAAGUGGCAUAAGAACCUUACUAUUUCUGCUGCACCUCUACCAAUACAUCCAAGCAUUCUGCUAGCCUUACUCGCUGCAUUACUACAUUGUUUACUAAGUUUUAAAUCAUCUGAAAUAAUAAUUCCCAAGUCCUGUUCCUCAUUUGUAACAGAAUGUUUUUCUUUCAUGAUUCAGAUAGAGCAUGCAAUUUUAAGCAACUUUCUAAUUUACUACUAUUUUAAUUUUGUCUUUGUUCGUUUACUAUCUUUAUUUGAAAAGCAGGAAUGUAAAAGCUUAGGAGCCGUCCCAUUUUAGGUUCAUCAUCCUGGAUAACACUUGCUUAUUGGUGGGUACAUUUAGCCACCAAUCGGCAAGCACUUCCCAGGUGCUGAACCAAAAAUGGUCCAGCUCCUAAGCUUUACAUUCCUGCUUUUCAAAUAAAGAUAGCAAAAGAACAAAGAAAAAAUGAUAAUAGGAGUAAAUUAGAAAGUUGUAUAAUAUAUUCCACGCUCUAUCUGAAUCAUUAAAGAAAAAAUGUGGGUAUAGCAUCCCUUUAAGUACAGGCAGUCCUCGGGUUACAGACAUCCGACUUAAGUACAACUCGUACUUACAUACAGAGAAAAUAGAGCUUUAUCGACAAUCCUUCUUUCCAGGAUAAUCCAAAAUACUGAAAAUCCAAUUGUCACAAGGACAGAAAGUGAUGUGAAAUGUUCUGAACAGGGGCACAGAUAGCAAAACAAACUUUAUCCUAUGCUAUCCAAAACAAAAAAAAAAUGUUUGGCUAGAGUUUCACCUAAAAAAAGUGCCUGUUCCAACUUACAUACAAAUUCAACUUAAGAACAAACCUAAAGUCCCUAUCUUGUACGUAACCCGGGGACUGCCUGUAGUAGUAUGAGCAGACAGCUGCACUGGAAAUGUAGGUCCAUUUGCUUACCGUGAGGGUAGUCUAUAAGAUGCCUCCCUGACAUAUAGCCAUUGUAUGGUCUAAAAGGAACAACCAAUCAACAGGCUGUGAAAGGUGUGUUCUGUCUGAUCGGGGACUCUGUUUAAAGGGACACAAAACACAGAUAUUUAGUUUCAUGAUUUAGAUCACUGGUUUUCAAACCUGUGCUCAGGCCUCUUUAACAGGUGAAAUAAUCAGCUGAUUAGUAACCAUGGUUAUUUUACCUGCUCUCAUCCAAGGUAAUCCAGAAAACCUGGCCUGUUGGGGAGGCCUAAGUAUAGGUUUGAAAACCAGUGAUUUAGAUAGAGCAUACACUUUUAAAAAAAACUUUCCAAUGUAUUUCUUUUAUCUAAUGUGCUUUGUUUUCUUGGUAUGCUUUGUUAAAAAGCAUGUCUAAAUAGGCUUAGGAGCUGGGAGCUAGCUUCCAAUUGGUGGCUGCACAUAUUUGCCCAUUUGUUAUUGACGUACUGAUGUGUUCAGCCAGCUCCCAGAAGUGCGUUGCUGCUCCUUCAAGAAAUUAUUACAAGAGACUGAAGCAAAAUUGAUCAUAUAAGUAAAUGGCAAAGUUGUUUACAAAAUAAUGCUCUAUCUGAAUCAUGAAAGAAAAAUGUUGGGUUUCAUGAACCAUUAAUGCUGAUCAUAGACAGAGCUGAAACAAAGGUUCCCCAUUCCACAAAAUGAAGCUAAAGCGGUUUAGCCAGUACGCCUCAAUUAGCGUCAGUCUUCUCUAAACGUUGCAGCCAAAUACUAUAUGGUUCCACAUAUUGUAGCAUUCUAUACCCACAUGUCCCCAAUAAAUAUAGUAUUUAACAAUUAGAAGGUAAAGUUUAAUUAGGUAUUACUUGACCAACCUUAGUAUUGCAAAUAAUAAUCACUAAUUAAAUAAAGCUAUAUACAUUUUCCACAAAAUGCCAACUAUUUUUUUAUUCAUUUAGGAGGAUACUCCACAUUUGUAUUUUCUUGUAGAAAUGAACAGCCCUGGAUAGCUAUUUGGACUUUUAGGCCCUUAAAUAAAAAGUGCACUUCCUUCUUCAGUCCCUCUACAUUAAUGGUUGAACCUGAACUCCCCUUUUCACUUUAGGUUGUAAAUAAUUUUGGUCUGGAUUAAUUCAUUCAUGCUACAGAUGGUGAGCAUUUGUUUAGUAAAGACAACUUUAAAGUAACAUGAAUAUAGUCAUGCAUGGAUGCGAAUGGCUUCAAUUAUGCGAUAGGGGCAUGUUUUGCACUAAAGUGAAAGUGUCUAGCUUUAUUUACCAGUCAUAUGGGGUAUUAGUUUGCAAAGUGAUGUUGAAUAUUAUACUUAGACUCUAUAUGGAAAAUAUAGGGCAAAAAAAAAGUAUUUUAGUCAAUCUCAUAAUACACAAAUAUUAUACAGUGUAGUUCUGAUGACUGCUGUAACUAGGAUAAGGUGCUGAGCUGUAAGAUUUUUAAUUGAUAUAGAGAUGCAGUUGUUUUGUACCUCAUUGUCUUCUCAUAUUUUUUUAAGUACUAUGUUAUGUGGCAUAUUUAUUUUGCUAUGGAGAGAACUCUUUAGUGAAUCUGUGCAGUUUAAGCGCAUACAUUCUUAGUGAAGCAGAAACAUUUAAAUUAUAUUAUUAAUAUUGUGGAAAAGAUAAGCUUUUCUUAUGUGCAAUUACGUUUUAAAGAAAAGAACACCAAAAAAAGUUUUACAUCAAUGAAAAUCAUAACCAAAUUAGUUUAUUUAGUAAGUUUUGAAAGUAAUUGAAGUCUGUAAAUAAGAUACUGUAAGUUAACUGUGUAAUCAAUAAAGUAAAUGAAUAAAACAAAAUUAAAAAAGUGUAACAAAAA